AUGGGUCGUAGAGCAGAGGAAGAGUACGAUUAUCUGUUCAAGGUUGUUCUGAUCGGCGAUUCGGGAGUUGGAAAAUCGAAUCUUUUGUCCCGAUUCACUCGGAACGAGUUCUGUUUGGAGUCCAAGUCGACGAUUGGAGUGGAAUUCGCUACUCGUACUCUUGAGGUGGAGGGGAGGACGGUGAAAGCUCAGAUAUGGGACACGGCUGGACAGGAACGGUACAGAGCAAUCACGAGUGCGUACUACAGGGGUGCACUGGGAGCUCUUCUCGUAUAUGAUGUCACGAAACCAACCACCUUCGAAAAUGUUAGCCGAUGGCUGAAGGAGCUCAGGGACCAUGCCGAUGCCAACAUCGUGAUCAUGUUGAUUGGGAACAAGACAGAUCUGAAGCAUCUGAGAGGUGUUGCCACCGAGGAUGCCCAGGGUUAUGCUGAGAAGGAAGGCCUUUCUUUCAUCGAAACCUCUGCUCUCGAAGCCACCAAUGUUGAGAAGGCUUUCCACACAAUUCUUGCCGAGAUAUACCGCAUUAUCAGUAAGAAAUCUCUCUCUUCCACUCACCCUGCAUCUGCCAAUAUCAAAGAAGGCAAGACCAUCUCUGUUCAGGAAUCCCAACCCAAUACACACAACUCUUGCUGUACUUCUUCAUCUUGA